AUGAAGACCAUGAGAAAUGAUCGUCUAUCCGGUACUCCUUGGGAUAAUGUAAAAACUUUAAAAAACUGUCAAGUGGAUUUAUUAUUUUCUUGUGAUUUACAGAAAGGAGUAGAACAUAAACUAAUAUCAUUCGCUUUAAAUUUAUUGAGUGUAAGUAAAAAAUAUGAACUGAUAUUUAUUAGCUACGGUCAAUAUAUUUAUGUAUAUGAAAUGAAUAAGUUUAUAAAUAAUAGUAAUUUUUUUAUGAAAGAAUAUGAAAAUAAUAAAUAUAAACUUCAAUAUUAUUUUAAUAAUGAAGAAAUUAGAAAAAAUAAUUCCUCUUUUAAAAAUAUGAAUAAAAUAUCAUAUAUAUAUGAAGAAUUGAAAAGAGAAUUUUAUUUAAAAAAAAUGAAUAUACCAUGUCCUUCUUUAAAACUUUCUCCACAUUUAUAUUCUAAAGGAUAUGUUAAUAUAAAAUGUGAAGAAAAUGAAGCAAUGAAUAAAAGUAUAUUAAUUUCAGUUGGAUGGUCAGAAGAUACUAAUGUAUAUUAUGUCGAAAAAAUUGUUGAAUCUAUAAAUACAAAACAGAAAAUAAAAAAUAUUUUGCAAAAUAAUAUAUACGAUUUUUUUCAAAAAUAUGAAAAUAUAUAUAAUGACCAAGGUAUUACAUCUCCUCAUUUUUCAAAUAUUUCAAAGGAUCCUUAUUGUUUUUUAAAAAAGUUAAAAAUUGACGAACAUCAUUUUGUACUUAAUAUUUUUUAUAAUAAUAAUUAUAAUAAUUAUAAUAAUUAUUUUUAUAAUAAUAAUAAUGAUGAUGAUAAUAAUAAUGAUGAUGAUAAUAAUAAUGAUGAUAAUAAUAAUAAUAAUAAUAAUAAUAAUAAUAACAAUUAUAACAAUGAUAAUAUUAUUCAACUAAACAAUAAUAAUUAUUUAAAUUCUAAGUCUAAGUAUAAGUUAGACAAGCAUAUGUGCAACCCCUUUAUCAUAAAUGAAGAAUAUUUAGCUAAUUAUUCCAAUGACAUUGUUGAUACGAUUAAAUUUUCAAAAAAUAGUAACUAUUUUGAUUUUUUAAAAAAUAAAAUUAAAGAAAAGAGGAAUAUGAUAUUUUAUAAAUAUCAUGAAAAUAGGAAGAGGAAAUCCUUAUCCUUACUAUCUAAAGUGAAGAAAAAAAAGAAAAAGAUAAAAAAAAAAAAAGUAGACAUUUCUAAUGAUAAAAUAGAUCAAAUUAAAAAUCUUCAAACAAUUAAUAAUUUUCCUAAUAAUAAAGAAAAUAUUGAUCAUAAUAAUAAAAUAUAUGAUAUUCAUGAAGGUGAUAUUAUGGAUCCGAACAGUGAUGAUGACAUUAUUAAUCACAUACAAAAUGACAUUGUUCAUAAUCAAGAUUUGGCUGAUGGCAAUAUUAACCAUGUUAAUAACUCCUCUGAGGGAAAAAAGAAAAAAAAAAUAAAUAUCAUGGAACAUCAUACAUAUAAUGAGAAAGAAAAGAAAAGACAAAAAAUUGAUAUUUUAAAAAUAAAGAAAAACAACAUAUAUAAUGAGGAUAUCUGUAAAACGAACUGCACGGAUGUAAUGAAAAUGGAGAACGAUAAUAUGCAUAAUACAAGAGGGGAAGCACGUAGGGGCAAAAAAAAAAAAAAAAAAUGUAUAAAAAGAAAAAAAAAAAUAUACAAGUUUAGGAUUAGUGAUAUUUAUAGUAGUCUUGAGAGUGAAGAGGAGGAACUAGAAGAAGAAUUGAAUAAUGAUGAUGAUGAUAAUAAAAAUAAUAAGAAUAAAAAGGAUGAUGAAAAUAAUAAGCACAAUAAUUUAAAGAAUAAUAUAUCCUCGAAUGAUUUGAAAAACUCAAAAAUGAAAAAAGGGAAAAAAACAAGAAUCAAAAGAAAUUACAAAAGCACAUAUAAAAAAUACCAUUAUAAUAACUAUUUAGAUUAUGAUGAAAAAGAAAUUGAAGAAUUUGAUUUUUUUAAUAAGCUACGCAAAAAGAUUUAUAUAGGAUAUAAUUUAAGAAAUAAUUUAGAACUAAAUGAAAAAAAUGAUUAUAUAAAUACGUUCAGAACAAAAAAUCAUUUUAUAAAUGAAUAUAUGAAAUCAUCAACAGAUGAUGAAAUAAAUGAUGAUAUUAAUGAACAGAAUUUGUCAUUAAAUUUAAAUAAUGCUAAUAUGGAAAUGAUUGAGAAAAAUAAAGAGAAGAAUAAAUUCUAUGCUCGAGAUUAUUCUUCCAGUGACACUUCAAAUUAUUAUCCUAAUGAUAGUCAUGAUAAUAAUUACUAUGAUAGUUAUCACAAUGCUAAUACUUAUAAUCUUCAUCGUAAAAAAUAUCAUUAUAAACCAUUUGAAAACAUUAAAAAAUUUAAAAACAAAAACCCGUAUUUUUAUCCUCAAAGAAAAUAUAAAGCACAUAAUAAAGAAUAUAAAGGUAAAAAUAAAAAAAGACAACUAAAAAGGUUAAAUAAAAAUACAAAGAAUUAUAUGUUAUAUACGAACAAAAUUAAUAAAUUAAAAGAAGAGAGAAAGACAUUUAUUAAUUUCUGUAAAUCAUAUAUUAAAAAUAAAUAUUAUAAUGAGUAUAGUAAACGAUUAGAAGGUUUUGAGGAUCCAUUUAAUAAAAUAAAGUAUCAUAAUAUAUGGAAAGGUCUUAAUAUCUUUACAUUUAAUUUAUUUAAUGUUGAUUAUAAUGAUAAGAUUUUGAAAUCUGUACAAAUAUAUGUACAACCAGAUAUUGUAUUUAAUAAUAAAAUGUAUAUAAAAUCAGAUACAUCUACAUGGGCUAUAUCAUUUAAUUUUAAAAAAAAUUUACUAGCCAUUGGAUCAAAUACUCACAAUAUACAUAUAUAUAAUUUGAACAAUUUUUAUUAUUUUAGAAAAAGAUAUGAUUAUGAUGAGGCAAUAAAUUAUUUUAAAAAUAUGUUUAUUCAUAAUAAUAUAAGAGUAGGAGAACUCUUUGAAAAUGACAAGGGUUGUGCAUUUUUAUAUGAAGAUAUAUAUAGAGACAUAUUUGAAACUAAAUCAUCUAAUGAUAAUAAAGGAUUGGAGGAUUAUAAUAAUAAAGAAAAAAAUAUAUUACCUAAUUGUAACAAAGAGGGAAAAAACAAAAUGAAAAAUAAAAAUUUAUCUGAUCAUUGUAGUAAAGGAAUGAAAUGUAUAUUACCAGCAGAUAAUAUAAUAAGUAAUAUUCUUAUAAGAAAAAGUAAAAUUCCUGUUGAUUUAUCCCUUUUUUUUAUUCUUAGAAAAGAACAUUUGAAAUCUGUACUUAUAUCAAUAUCACAAAAUUUUCCAAUAGAUUCUAUGCUAUUACUUUUAAAACAAGCAUAUAUAGGAAAAGAAUUUUACAACAUACAAUGGGAUAUAUAUCAUAAUAUGAAUAAGUUUAUGUUAAAAAUAAAAAAGAUGUAUUCUAAUAUAUUUCUUAGAAGAUGUAAUUUUCCUUUAAAUUUAUUUGAUAGUAAUACGCUACAAGUAAAUUCUCAUAAUUUGUUAAAUAAUUGGUAUAUAAAAUAUGUAUACGAAUAUAUUCUUUUGUAUGUCCAUUGUAAAGAUAAGUAUAAUAAAUAUAGUAUUACAAAUGAACAGAUAAAGGCAAAAAAAAAGAACUAUAAUUUCAGAAAUAAAAAAUUGGAAAGCUUAUUACACACAUAUUAUGAUAUGAAUAAAAAUUUAUUGAACUUUAUGUGUAAUAAAUAUGAUGAUCUUCGUAUGUUUGCUGAACAUGCAAAAGAUUUUUUAUCACAAAAUAUAUAUAAUAAAAAAAUUAAGAGUGAUAAUGAAUUAAUUUUAUUUAAUGAUGAUUUAUUUAUACAAAAUAGUAGUGAUGAAGAAAUUAAAAAUGAUAGUAAUAUAAUUUAUACAAAAUAUAAAAAUUAUAGCUUAUUGAGAAUAAAAAAACAUUAUGGAAAUUAUACAUUUUCUAAUUUAUGUCCUAUGAAUAAUAAAGAUUCUUCUUCCUUUGAAAAGAAAUGUUUAUUUAGCCGCUCUUAUAUAUAUAGCUAUAAAAAAGCUAAUAUAGUUUUAAAAAAGAUUUCUAAUUUGUUUAGAGAUUUUAUUAAAUCUAGACAUAAUUAUAAUUUUUCUUUUAAACACCAAUUAUUUUCAAAUGAUGAUGCAAUAUUCAUAAUUCAAGGUAUAAGCGACAUAAAAAAGAAGGCAAAAAAGAAGACAAAAAAGAAAGAAGAUAAAAAAAUGAAAAAUUAUAAACAAGCUCCAUUAAAAUAUAUCAAAGAAUUAAAACGGGUAAUUAAAUAUAUACAAACUAAUAAUAUGUCACCAGAUGAUUUACGAUUAUGUUCAAGAAAUUAUAUAAAUAUAAAUAAUAAUGAAAAAGUAUUCUUUAAAAAAAAAGUAUUAGUGAUUUGUGAAUUAAGGGAUCAUAAUAACAAUUUGUUAGAUGUUAUACAUUUAUCAAAUGCAUUCAAAGAAGAAUAUAAUGAUUUAUUGGAAGAGAAUGAAGCGUAUAAAUUAUUUAAUUAUCAGGGUAUUCCCGGUUCGAUGGAAUAUGAUAAUGAUGGUAUUGAUAAUAAUGAUGUUGAUAAUAAUGAUGUUGAUAAUAAUGAUGUUGAUAAUAAUGAUGUUGAUAAUAAUGAUGUUGAUAAUAAUGAUGUUGAUAAUAAUGAUGGUGUUGAUAAUAAUGAUUGUGUUGAUAAUAAUGAUGUUAAUAAUGAGUGUGAUAGUGACGAUGAUAGCAAUGAUGAUAGCGAUGAUGAUAGUGAUGACGAUAGCGACGACGAUAGUGACGAUGAUGAUGAUUAUGAUAAUUAUGAUGACGUCUAUGAUAGUGAUGAUGAAGAUAAUUACACUCGAAAAAAUAAUUUCUGUAUGUUUAGAAAAAGGUUCUUAAAUAGAAACAAUUAUCUUUUAGAAAAAAAAAGAGAGGAACUAACAAGUACGAGUUUAAUGAAAGAAAAUCAUUUAAGUGGAAUAAUAAAUAAUACUGUAGAUAUGGAAAUGAAUUAUAUGGUACAUUAUAAAGGAAAUAAGAAUAAAUUAAAAAAACAUAAGAGAAGAAGUAAUAAGGAUAUACAUGUAAGAAGAAAGAACACAUCUUAUGAUAUGAAUGAUGAAAAUUUCUCUUAUUCUUCCAUAUCACAUUCAUCAUCAUCUUUAUCAUAUGAUGAUAAUGAUAUGAUGGAUAAUAAUUUACCUUUUAGAACAAAUUAUUCAUUUGUUAAUAUUCCUAUUGCUCAUGGAGUACCAUAUACUAAUACACCAUUAAAUAAUAGUUCUGUACAAAGAAAUAAUACAAUUUUAAGAAAUCGAACAAAUUCUAGUAUUGAUAAUAAUAAUAAUAGUAAUAAUAUUAUACCUAGUACUCAACAUGUUAGGCUUUUUAUUAAUAAUACUUUGACAAACCAUUUAACUGCUGUAGAAAGUAAUGUACCUAAUCGUAGAAGAAAUAGUUUAGGUGAUAAUUUGUAUACAUAUAUUAAUAAUAUGUUGCAUAAUCCGAAUAAUACCAUGAACUUGAAUAGAGAUAUGAAUGUAGUUAAUAUGAUGGGACGUAUCUUUGACAUAAGUCGUAUAGGAAAUACAAGAAAUACAAAUACUCAGAAUGAUCAAAAUAAUAUGGAUAAUUCGAAUGCAAAUUUUAAUAGUGAUAAUCAGACCAUGAAUGAACAAAAUGAAGGAUAUUCUAUAAAUGUUGAAGUUAUUCCUGGAUCUGUUACCAUACCAGAUAAUGAUCAAAAUGGUGAAAAUGAUCAAAAUGUUCAAGAUGUAGAUGUUCAAAAUGGUCAAGAUGCAGAUAAUCAAAAUGUUCAAGAUGUAGAUGUUCAAAAUGGUCAAGAUGCAGAUAAUCAAAAUGUUCAAGAUGUAGAUGUUCAAAAUGGUCAAGAUGCAGAUAAUCAAAAUGACAAAGAUUCAGAUAAUCAAAAUGUCCAAGAUGUCAUUGAUCAAAAUGACCAAGAUGUAAAUGUUGAUAAUUCAAAUAAUAAUAUUAAUAAUAACGUUAUAACUAUAAGCAACACAAAUGAACAAAAUAAUGUUAACAAUAUAAACCAAGUUAAUAAUAAUAAUUCAGAUAAUAUAAAUGUGAUUAGUAAUAUUAAUAGUGAGAUGCGAAAUGUUCCUAAUAACAAUAAUCAACCUUUAAAUAUGGAAUACCAAUUUUUAGAUAUGAUAUAUAAUAAUAUUUUAAAUUCAAGAAAUGAACGAAGAAAUAUAAGCACAUCCGUAAAUACAAGAAAUAGACCAUUUAAUAGAAAUAAUGUUAUUAUAUCACGAAGAAAUAAUUCCUUAAAUAUUCCAACAGGGGAUAUAUCAGAAGAAAUGAUACGUAAUAUGAUAGCGGUUAGCAUUGGAAAUCUGGAUAUACUAAAUGAAAAAGAACCUUUAAAUAAUUUUAUAAAAGGAAUUACUAAUGAUUCCAAAGAACAAAUUAAAAAAGAAAGAAUGACAUUUAAUUUAAUUCCUUUAAACUGGAAAAAUGUUUGUGCAAAAAAGAAAUACGAUGUUAAGAUUAAAUAUAUUUAUACCUUGCCUGAAUGUGCAGAUAAAAUAUUACAGACGUAUAACAAGAAUGAUCAAAUGGAUUUGGACUUUGUUGUUAUAUGUGAGGGUUUAUAUGAAGAAAGUAAUAAAAAUUCAGAAAAGGAAAAAGAAUAUAAGAUAGGAGACCAAAAAAUGGCAAAUCAUAUAGUAAAAGUUGAUAAAAUGAAAGAGAAUGAAAUAGAAAAUCAAAAAAUCAAAAACAAUGUUAUUAUAGAAGACGAAAGAAAUUUAGAAUCUCAAAAAACAAAUAUAAUUAAUAAAGAAGAUGAUAUAAAGGAUGAUAAGAAAAAAAGUGAAGAAUCUCAACAAAAAAUAGAAGAACAUUAUUCUAGCAAAAAUUAUGAAUUAUCCAAGAACGAUUUAAGUAAUUCAUAUGCAUUUUCUAUAGAACUAAAUAAUAAUAAUAAUAACAUAAGUAUUGAUAAUAAUUGUAUAUAUGGUGAAAAUAUUAGAUAUAAUGAAAUGAAAAAGGAAUAUAUAACAAAUACCACACAAGGUAAAGACAACCAAAGAAAUACUACUAUAUUAGAUAAAGAAUAUAAUAAUAGUAUAAUUGAGAAUAAGAAAAAUAUUUCUUCUAAAUCGAGUGCAUUUGAUAUGUCUGAUUGUUACUCCAUUUUUUCAAGUGGUUCUUCUGACAGUAACCUGUCUAAUGAUAUAAAUGAAUUUAAUUUUUUCUCAUCAAGUGAAGAAUGUUCAGAAUGUGAAUAUAAUAACUUGUGCUUACAUAAUAGUAAUAAUAUAAGUUCUUAUUCAGUAUAUAAAUUUUUAAAAAAGGAUAAUUCUAUAUUGUUUGUUAAUAAUUGUAAUGUGAAAAUUAAAAGAUGUGAAGGAAUUAUAAAAGAAUACCGUUUAAAAAGGAAUAAGAGGAAUAAUAAUAUAAAUAUAGAAAAUAUUCAUUCUCGUAAUAAAAAUAAAAAAUAUAAUAGACAAACGAAACUUAUAUCUUUAAAAAUAAAUGAUAUGAAAUACAAAUAUAUAGAGAAUCAAAAUAGUGAUAAUUUUAUUUCUGAACCUUUUUUUAGUAUAAAAUCGAAAUGUCUUGAAAAUAUUCUAUUACAAGAAGGUUAUUACAAAAAUGAAGAAAAUGAAAUGAAAGAAAAUAAAUGUGAAAAUGAACAAAUAAACAAUAAAAAAAUAUAUGUAAAUAGCAGUGAUAUAAUAACUUCAUAUUAUUCAGGUGAGAAAAAGGAUCAAAACCUUUAUGGUAGUAAUAUGGAAUAUAAUAAAGGAAAAAGUGAUAUUAAUAAUAAUAAUAAUAAUAAUAAAAAUAAUACAAAUGAAAAUGUUAAUUCAUGUAAUAGUGCUGUUAAUACAAAAAAUUUUGAAAAUGAAAAAAAAGAAAUUCUUGAUAUAGAUGUAUUAGCAAAAAAAAAUUUCAAUUAUAAUAUAAGUGCAUUUAUACAUUGUAUGAGUAAGAAAGUAUGCAAUUAUUUUUAUGAUGAAAACCAUUUAAAAUAUCUUAAUAAUAUUAGUAAAAAGAAACAAUCAUUCUUUUUAGAUAAGGUAUAUAAAAAGAAAAAUAUAUAUGAAGAUAAAAAAGUGAAUAGUGAUAUUUAUUGGACAUCAUCAAAUGUUAGUUUUUAUACAGCUGAUUGGUAUGAUAUAUUGUAUAGAAUAUUUUUUGAUCCAUCCUCUAGAUUUUAUGAAAUGUUAUUAAAACAUCAUGCUCAUAAUAUUCCAUGUAUUAAAUUUUCUCCGGAUGAUAAUUUCUUGUUAUCUUGUUCAGUUGAUAAAAGUAUAAGUUUAUGGUAUCCUAAUAAUAUCAAGAAUGAUAAACUAGAAAAUAAUUAUAAUAUUUAUGAUCAUUUGUUUCCAUAUUAUAAAGAUGAAAAAAAAGAAAACUCUAAAAAAAUAAUAAAACAUAAUAAUAAAAAAAAAAAAAAUUCUUAUAUUGAUAACUUUGAGCAUAUUUUACAUCAUUUAGAUGGUUCAUAUAAAACUCAUGAUAUUUUUUUGGAUGACAAUAAUUUUAUGUUUAAUAAUAUAAUAGAUAGAAGUAAAAAUAAAAAGACAGAGAAUAUGAAAAUGAAGAAGAAAAAGAAAUAUUGCUUUGAAAAAUUAUAUAACAAAACGAAAAGAUGGCAUAUAAAUAAAGAGAAGGAAUUAGUUGAACAGAAAAGAAGUAAUAUAUUAUGUAAACAAGAAUUAAAACAUAUGGGUUGGAGUGGAGAUUUUAUUAUAAAAAAAAAUGUUAAAAAAAUGGAUUUUUUUGUAGAUAUAUUUUUUAAUACACCUUCGAACAUAUUUAAAGAUAAUUUUGUAUGUUCGCAAUAUUUUCCUUACACGGAUAAACCUUUAAAUAAUUUUUUAAAUAUUUUUGAAAAAUAUUCAUUAUUUGAACUCUUUAAAUUAUCCUUUUUGAAUUUACAAGGAAAGGACCAAAAAAUUGAGAGCAUAUUAUCUAAUAGAAGCAUUAAUAACUUGGUCAAUUAUCUUUUCAAAAUGAAUAGUAAAAAGUUAAAGUAUAUGAAAGAAAACAAUAUUGAUAAUAUCGUAAGUCUAUUAACUGAAGGGGAAUUAUUUAUUAAUAGAAAUAAACGAACAAAUGAAAAGGUAGGAAAGAAAAAUUAUAUUGAUAAUGACAAAGAAGAUGAAGAAAAAGAAAGAAAGAGAGUUGAAAUGAAAACAUUAAAAAGGAUUUAUGUAGCUAUGAAAUAUGCUUGUAGACACAUGUUAAAAAAAUAUCUGUUAUUUAAACCUAAUAACUAUAAAGAAAAAAUUCCUAAUAGAAAUAAGAAUAUGAUAUCAGCAGAAGAAAUAUUAUUAAAUAAUAAUGAGGUACCCAUAUUAACAGAUUAUGAUUUUAAUUUUUCAAGUGAUAGUGAUGAUAAGCAUAUGUCUCGUAAGAAAAAUAAAAGCAUAGAUAUUAAUAAUAAUAAUGUAGGAGAUUCAUGUACUUAUGAAAACAACGAAUUAAAAAAAAAAUUUUAUAAUUUACAUAAUAAACAGUGUAUAUCAGAUGAAGAAAAGAGCUCUUCUUCAAAUGAUGAAUUUUCAUCGUCAUCUUUUCAUUUUAUAAGUAGUAGUACUAGAACAAAUAGGGAAGGUAAAUAUCUUAAUAAAGAUAUCAACGAAUCAGAUGAAGAAUAUAUAAAAAAGAGAAAAAUGAAAGAAUCCUUAUUUUAUAAAUAUAUAAAUAAAAUAAGAAAUGAAUUUAAUGCAAAUUAUUUAUUAUAUAGAGAUGAAAAAUAUGAUAUGUUAAAAAAUAAAUGGAUAUACUUUUUACAGAAAUUAUUAAAUCAAUAUGUACAUAUGAAAUGUUUUAAAAAAGUCUAUGCACAUAUUAAGAAUAAAUUAUUACGAAAUGCUAUAAAGAAAUAUAAAAAGCAGAAUAAUCAUAAUUUCUAUUUUAAUUUUCAUAUAACUACAAAUUAUAAGGAAUCUAAAAUAUUAAAGGAAUUACUUAAAAAUUAUUCAACAUACUUUGAUAAAAUAAAAAGCACAAGAAUGGAUAAUAGUAAAAAUGAUUUUAAGAUGGUUAACAAAAAAUUCAAGUCCUAUUUAAGGUUAAUAAAAAAAGAAAAGCUUUUUAAAAAAAGACGACAAGGAGAAGCAGAAUUAAAUAAUCAAAAGAUAUUUGAACGAUUAUAUGAACAUAUUAAUAGUAAUAAUAAUAAUAUAAAUAAUAAUAGCAAUAUAAAUAAUAAUAUCAAUAUUAAUAAUAAUAGUUAUUGUUUUAAUGAUGAUAUGGGAUAUACACUUAUAUUAAAAAAUACUGUUUCGAAUUUUCACAAUAUUAUAUAUAAUAUAAUAAAUAUAUCACCUCAUAAUAAAAUAAUUAAACAUUGUAAAUAUUUAAAAAAAUAUAAUCAAGACAAACAUAAGAAAGAAUAUAAUUUGGAUAGAGAAAAAGUAUAUACUGAUCAUCAUCAUCAUAAAAAAAAAAAUUUUAUAUUUAAUAACAUUUUCAAUGAUUUCAAUAAGGAUAUAAAAAAUAGAACUACUUUUUAUUCAUCAUCAGAUUCAUUGAAUUCUGAUAUAAAUGAGGUUUCAUAUAAAGGAAAAGUAAAAAGAAUGGUUAAAAGAAAAAAGAAAUUAAAAAAAUUAUAUAAUAAUAAUAUGAAAGACACAUUUAUUAUUAAAAAGGAUAAUAUUUAUGUAGGUAAAAAAAAGAUACCGAAUAAUUAUAAUUUCUAUAGAAAUAUAACAUAUGAUAUAAAUGAAAAUGUAACAUUAUUUAAUAAACAUGAUAAAAAAAAUAAUAAUAUUAAUUAUAAUGCAUUAAAUUCAUUUAAUAAUAUAAGAUGCUUGAAAAAAGAAAAUAUUAAAGAAAAUAUUUUAAUGAAAGAAAAUAAAAAAUUUAACAUCUGUUUCUUAAAUUUAAAUAAAGGUAAUUAUCAAAUUAAUUAUUUUUCAAAUAUUGAUAUACUUAAAAAAUUUUAUAAAUUUUGUGGUAAAGGAUUAAUUCUGGUGAAUAUACAAUAUAUAAAAAAUGAUACUACUAAAAAAGGAGAAAAAAAUAAUAUACAUAUUAAUAAUAUACAUAUUAAUAAUAUACAUAUUAAUAAUAACAAUUUAAAGAAUCUUAAUGUAAAAGAAAAUGACAAUGGUUUGAAUAAAAGACCUAAAAAUCUUAUUUUCCAAACAGACAUAUAUAUAUGCAACACAUAUAGAGGUAAUAAAAAUAUAAAAAAAAAAAAAUCGAGAACUAUCAUUUUUAUAAUAAAAGUUAACGUAAUUGAAUUAAAAAUGUACUUAUUAAGAAAAAAAAUAUUUGAAGAGAAAUAUAUCAAUAAUUCGUUUUAUAUUCAUUUACAAGUUAUACGAAUAAUUUAUUUUUUAACCCUACAAAAUUGUAAAAUAUACUCAUCACAAAAUAAUAAUAAUGAUCAAACAGAAAUUGUUGAUAUUCAUAACUAUAAUAUUAAUUAUAAUAUAAAUUACUCAAAUAUUGAUGAACAGAGCAAACAAAAAAUACUUAAAUAUUAUUUAUCAAAUAAAGAAUAUAAAUUUUUUCAAUUUUUAACAUCAAAUCUGUUCGAAAAAAAUAAAAGGAAUAAAAAUCUGAAACCAAAGGAAAUAUAUAAAAAUAUAAUAAAUAUGAGAAAUUAUAUAUUUAAUGUAAAGGAAGAUGAUAAAUAUGAACAAUAUAUUAAUCUAUUAUCAACCUCUGAAGAAACAAAUAUAGAAAUAUUUAAAGAUCUAUAUAAUCAGUGUAGAAAUAAUAAAUAUCAAAGUAUAUCAUUUAAUAUAUUUUUUUUAUUGUUACCAAAUUAUAAAAAAAAUAUACUUAUGCUUAAUAUAUCUACUUUAAGAUUUUUAUAUUCACAUAUGAAAAGUGAACAUACCAAUAAAAAGAAUUACAAAAAAAAAUUCAAAAAAAAAAAAAAAAAUACCAAAGAACAAAAAAUAAAAAAAAAUUUAUGUUGUAUAAAUAAAGAUAAUUAUAUUUAUAAUAACAUUAUAAAUAAACAGCAAAAAAAAGAAUUGAAUAAAUAUUUAAUACUAUCAGCAGAUAAAUGUAAUUUAUAUCUAUUGAAAUUUAAAUUUAUAAAAAUCACUAGAAAUUUAUUUACUACCAAAUUUCUUCCUAUAUCUAUUCAGAAACUACCUAAAGAACAAUAUGCAACAUUUAAACAAGUAUUUUCAACAUCACGUAUUAGUUUGUUAAAAAUUAUAUAUGAAAGAUCAUGUGUAAUAUUGGCCAAUCAAUAUAGUAAUAAAAUAUUUAUAUAUUUUGUGCAGAAAUGUAUGUAUACAAAUACGUAUUUUUUAAUACCAUAUUUUUUUCUUCCACUAUAUACUUUUACUAUAGGGAGAAAACUUACACCGAAUUUUAAUAAGGAUAUAUUAAUUUGUCAUAAGAAAUAUAUAAUAAAUAACGUAAAUUAUAAUUUAAAAAGAUUAAUAGAUGGUAGAUCAAUAGAAGAAGCCAACGAUAGCGACUUUUUUAUAGCAGGCCUGGAUGUCAUCUAUGUUAAUAAAAGGGAUAAUACAUUUGAAUUGUUGGUCUAUGCACUUUUAUUAAGUAACGUUAUUUUUUGUUACAAACUAAAUUUUGAAUAUUACUAA